AAAUGCGAUGCCCUAAUAACAAUUCCUUCAAAUAUAUACACUCAUAUUUAAUGGAUGCAAACUGUAAUUUAUCAGGACCUGUACAGCGUCUGUUUCGAACUGCAGACUGAAGUCGCCAUGUUAAAUACGUGUUUUAAGUUAAUAGGGUUAUUAUUAUAGGGAAACGCAGCGAGAGCUCGAUGACUCCUUAUCUUGUUUGGGAUCCGUUAUUUCAGUGUCUGCUGAAUGCCACCGCUGAUUUUCAAAAAAUUUAAGCCACACUCAUCAAGAAGAUGGACAGCUAUGGGUUCUCUAGUGACAUGUUCAGUGGCAGAGCAGUUCUGGGGGAGGACAGCUCGGUCAUGGCCCGAAUGCAGAAGAAGUUCUGGAAGACCAAGCAGGUUCUGAUCAAGGCCACAGGGAAGAAAGAAGAUGAGCAUGUGGUGGCAUCUGACGCAGAUCUUGAUGCCAAAUUGGAGUUUUUCCGUUCAGUCCAGAGCACUUGCACAGAACUUCUGAAAGUGAUUGAGAAAUACCAGCAAAGAAUCACACACCUCUCUCAAGAGGAGAAUGAGCUCGGACUGUUCUUGCGCUUCCAGGCAGAGCAUGAUAAAACAAAAGCAGGCAGUAUGAUGGACGCCACCAGUAAAGCCCUCUGCUGUUCUGCCAAGCAAAGGUUGGCGCUGUGUCCCCCUCUCCAUCGUUUGGAACAGGAAGUGGAGACGUUCCGGAGGAGAGCAAUCGCAGACACCCUGCUGACCGUAAGCCGAAUGGAGAAAGCCCGUACUGAGUACCGCGGAGCUCUGCUCUGGAUGAAGGACGUGUCACAGGAACUGGACCCAGAUACUUACAAACAACUGGAAAAAUUUCGCAAGGUUCAGGCCCAGGUUAGAGGAACAAAAGUGCACUUCGAUAAGCUGAAGAAUGACGUGUGUCAGAAAGUGGUCAUGCUGGGCGCCAGUCGCUGCAACAUGCUUUCACAUUCCUUAUGUACUUACCAGACGACGCUCUUACAGUACUGGGAGAAGACUGCACAUGUGAUGUCUGGCAUCCAUGAGGCCUUCAAAGGAUAUGUACCUUACCAGUUCACUACCCUUAAAGAAUUAAGGGACCCAUUGGAUCAAAUUGUCUCCACGCAGACAGCAGAAAACAGCAAAGACGAGGAAAAGAAGACACAUCCAGACAAUCUUGUUUCACUUGAAGAUGAACAGCUGGGUGAAUCAUCCGAUAUGGUUUCUACUCGUGCGGUAGAUGGACAGAGUAGAGGAUCUGACAGUUCUUUGUGUGCCAGUCUGGACUCUGCAUUGAAUGAACAAUUAGGCCCUAUUGGUGGAGAUAGCACAGAUGAUGACCUCCUAUUAUUGACCCCUGAGCCUGGCCCGACCCCUUCUCUCAUUCCAACCUUGACCCCAACCCUACACGCAUCCAUGUCUAUUAUGCAGCCUCAGAUACUGCAGGAGGUCUCAAAGCCUCCUGCUAUUCAGUGGGGCGUAGGCGUAUCACAUGAGGAAAUGCAAGAUGCCUUUCCCAGCAGUCUACCACCUGAAAUAGUAGGCAGGGAUCUGUUGUCUGAGGUGAAAGAAGAGGAAGGAGAGAGAGGUGACCUGGCCUUCCUGCAGGAUCUGCUGAGUCCCGGGGCUGCGGGUGGCAAUAGUGAGUUUAGUAAGGCAUGGCAGGAUGCUUUCGGCUGUUUUGAGGCCCCUCCUGCUCCUGUUACUGCUCCUUCACAGGAAGCAGAAACGGCAAACACACCCACUGGCUUCCUGCCAUCACAUCUCCUGGACCAUAGCCUUAGUGCCACAGGAUGGGCGACUCCACCUAUGUUUCAAGCCCCACCCCUCCAACCACCUUCCAGUGGAGGACAACCUACCCAGAAUAGUCCACACUCAUCUGCCAGUGCACCUAAGGGAAGCUCCAGGGAUAUGUCUGCCUGGUUUAAUCUCUUUGCAGAUCUGGACCCUCUGUCCAACCCAGAUGCUAUUGGACGUAGUGAUCAGGAGUUCCUCAAUGCCUGAGUGAAGAAUGGUCUGGAGCUGUAUCACAUCCAAAAUAUUCUAUGAUGGAAAGGAGUGCAUAUCCCAGGCUUUAUUCGGAGCUGGAUCACUACCUCUCCUGAAACAAUUCCACAUGAGCCAAGGAAGCAUCCAGAAAUCUCUAUCCAUAUAAAACACUGGAAAGUUUCUGAGAUAUGUGAAUGUCUCUCUUUUUCCAUCCUUUCAUUGUGUGCGUGAAUUUACUGUAUGUUCAUUAGGACACCUAUAGUGUUGUUACCUGAGAGCAAAGUAUCUGUUACUUUAUGAAGUGCACAUGUUUAAAGGGACAAGAAGGAGAGGAUUUGCCCAUCUUGUAUAUGGUUGUUUUUUUGCCUAGGACUAAACCUGCGUAAAUGUGUGUAUAUCUGUUUGCUUUGUAUCGACGGGAGUUUUAAUGUCCAGAAACAUGGUUACAGAUUUAUAACAUCUAUUAUAGAUUAUAGACUGUAUUUUUAACGAAGACCGAUAUCCAAAGUGUGAAGUUGUGUGUAAAUCACAAAUAUUUUUGGAGUCUCUUUCACUGGAUUAGUUUAACCCUAAAUGAUAAAAUAAAUGAAAUUAUUUAUUAAUGUAAUAAAAAAGUGUUACUGUUAACUACAUAUGCAAGUUGUGUGCUGUGCCAUUAGUUUGGUGGGAAUGAGAAGGUCACAGUUUAAUGGAGCUAAUCAUAGGUGAUGCAUUCUUGUUUUCAGUGACAGAAAUGCUGGAAUGUGUUUGUGAAUAUGUUUUUGUAUGUGAUUUCAUUUCGUUUGUCACCUUUAGCACAGGUUUAGCUAAAUAUCCUACUCUGGAAAACAUUACACAUUUCAUUUUAUCCCAAGAUGAUCAUGUUUAGUCUCAUUAGGAGUGACCAAUCGGUUUUCUAUUGCAUUUCAGAAAUCAAGUUAUCGCUUGCACUAAACUGUCUCCGAGUCCAGUCUCGGAUUGUUCUAGAAUGUAUGUUGUCUGUUUUAAGCAUAGACAUGUUCGUUGAUCUGAAUAGCUUUGUCUGUACAUUUCGCACAGGAUUUCACUACAUAUUUAAUAGAGCACGUUUUUGUCUUUGAGUGGUUUAACAUUUUGAAGUGUCCAAACUUUGUGUUUGGAACUACAUGUUGAGAUGUUAUUGUAUGACUUUUUUGUUGUAAGAAAAAGAAUGUACACCACACCAUUCGCAGCUGCUUUCAUCUGUUUAUUUUAUGCAACUUUGCCUUUGUUUCAAUUAAAUAAUGUACAAUUUCAAUAAAGGAAACUGGAUUGAGAGAUUUUGUAUUUGAGAGCAAAUAAAUCUUGAGCUGAAUCCCG